UUUCAGAAAAUGGUUGCCCAUCAGAAGGCGGAUUUCAAGUCGAAAUGGGCGAUGGUCGUGACUGUCAAUAACCUGAAUGACAAGAAGCGAGCCGAUUUGAGAGAAUUUUCCGAGUGGUUUAUCGAGACUUUGAGAUUGGAAGGAGCUUUUAUUGGUCACUAUUUCAAUUAUGAGGCUGCACCGGUGACCAUCGUCGAGACUUUGCCAGGCAAUUUUGACUCAUGCACUAAUGCAUAUCAGAAGAUUCACAAGGAGCAUCCGCAGGUCGUCCUCGUCGUGCACAUUCUUCCACAGUCGCAGUCGAACGAGUACGAGUGGAUGAAGGUGUUGGCGUCGAGAUACGGAUUCGUCCGUCAGGGAUUGCUCUACGAUAACUGUGCCAAUCGUUUCCAAAAUGUGGAAACCGAUCAGAAUAGCGUGUUCCGGAACAUGUGCCAAUGGAUUUAUCGUAGCGGCACCGCGAUUGUGAGAAAUGAGGGAAACGCGUGUGGAAUUCUCCAUGGAAAAGAUCCGAAACCGACGUUCGACAAGGUUCUCUUCAACAGCGAAGACAUCAAGGAUUCCGUUUUCAAAGUUCUUCACGCCGAAGAAGAGCCGAGAGGUGCGGAUCAGGAGAACAUGCUGAAGAUCAGUGGAUAUCCGGGGAUGCUCAACACGUUCGGCAUCGCACAACUUCUCACCCCAUAUCGUGUCAAUGGGAUCACCAUCACCGGCGCCCAGUCGGCCGUCGUUGCCCUGGAGAACAAGUUUCAAGUCUAUCAGGCCGUGCAGGAUUUCAACGGGAAGAAGCUCGAUCGCAAUCACAAACUUCAAGUUAGCAGCCUCGUCGUCUCGUCGCCAGCCGUUCCACUCGAGUGGCCAUCGCUCAAAAAGUCGAAGAAGCUCGUGGAGCAAGUGGGAAAGCCGAUCAGACUUUCGAAAGUCUCCUCUUAAAUGUGCCCCAAUUUGCUUAUAAGUUAUUUUUUUCUGAUUUCUGAUGAUCUUUCUUCGAUAUCUCGACCUUUACCGGUUUUUUUAAUCAAUUUGCUCAUAUUCCUUGAUAAAUAAUCUCUCCAUUA